UUCCCGCCUCCUUUAUGUAGGACAGCUGUGUCCACUGGAGGCACUGAGUUGUGAGAAGACACUGAAGAGGACCUGUGAAAGAAAACGAACAGUCAUGGCUGUGAAUAAAUGCAUCAAAUACCUACUCUUCAUCUUCAAUCUACUCUUCUGGCUGAGCGGAUGCAUCCUCCUGGCUGUGGGUAUCUACCUGAAAGUCAGCAAGGAUGACAACUCGAUAACCAGUGAAGCUCUACCAGGCAUCGACCUGAUGAUCGCCAUUGGAGUCAUUAUCAUGGUCCUGGGCUUCCUGGGCUGCUGUGGCGCCAUCAGAGAGAACCGCUGCAUGCUGCUACUGUUCUUCAUCAGUCUUCUCAUCAUCUUCAUCCUCCUGCUGGCAGCAGGCAUUCUGGGAGCUGUUGAUAAGGAUAAGAUGGAAAAGUUUGUGAAGGACCAAGUGAAGGACCUGACCCCACUGUCCAAACAACCUGAGAACGUGAUUAAAGACCUGGAGAGACUACAGGCUGAGCUGAAGUGUUGUGGUCUGGUAAAAGGAUCUGGAGACUGGGACAAUGUGCCUGACUCCUGCCGCUGUAACGCCACUGAUACAGCCCCCGGCUGUGAAACUGCCGCCCGCGUCUUUUCCACGAUUUGUACCGACCGAAUUGUGGAACUACUGAAGGAAAACAUGAAGGUCGUUCUAGGAAUCGCAUUUGCCAUUGCCAUCCUGCUGAUUUUCGGCAUGGUCUUCUCCAUGAUCCUCUACUGUCAGAUUGGCAGGAAGGACACAGCCACUACAGCCUGAGGCAACACGUAGCCACACCCCCUACUUGCCCGGCAACAGGCAAUCAGCUGUGUCCAAAAACCCAUAUCCAAUCCACCUCAAUAACUUCGUAACUUAACCUGCUGUUAAUGUGUUAAAGAUUGCACUGAUGUUUUGGUGAAUUUGCAUUAAUAACCUGGUGCUGUAUGGAGUCCCAGGAGAUAUGUUUUGCAAACGUAGCUGUGAUGCCGGUGUAAAGUCAUCAAUACACAAUAAGUUUUUAAUUUACUAUAUCCAUAAUAUAUGAUAUUUUAAGGAUGAAUACACUGAUGAUCAUCGUUUUAUAGUGAGAGGAUUUCCCAAAAUGUCAGAAUGUUCUUUAACAUGUCACGUAACUCUACAUUUUCUCAAAACAAACCAACAACUAAAACUUCUCAACUGCCUAAAGUCAGCUGUCAGAACACACUUUUCCUGCAGUAAUCCCAUCUUAAAUACCCUUCACGUCAAACAGAAGCAUUUUUCUUGUCUCACUGAAGCCCGAGUCCUUAUUAUUUCUUAUUCUGAUCUUAUCAAUUUACUUGAAAUAUACUGAGUUGAAGAGUAAUUAUUUGAAAAUAUUUCUGCCAUAUUUUAUUGUGAAUGUGUGCUUUUUUGGGACACAUGAAUGGGCAUCUUUAAAUUCCACUUUUUUAUAAAUUCACUAUAAUUGCAUUAUUAAAACUAAAAUCAUUUACUAUACAGGAGGAUAUUAACUAUUUUAAAGUACCUCACCUUGAGAAUUGUUCUUUUGGCACAAAUGGGCUUCUAUAAGUGCCUGUUUUAACACCGCUAGUUUUGGAAAGUAGUAAAGUAUAAAAUAUCUAUAACAAAAUGCUUUUUUUCUCAGGAAGUUGAGAUUGUGUAAAUGACAACUGUUACUUUUUUCUUUAAUGUCUGCUGUUCUAAUGUAACCUUAACCUUUCAGCAAAUACUACUGCACUGAUUUAAUA